AUGUUCUCCUCACUUCUGCUCUGGUUUCUCAAAUCUCUGGCAGCACUGCUUCUCCUGGUGUGGAGUAUAGGGUAUUAUUCAUUCGAACCUAUUGGCUCCCAGUGCCAAGUUGCAACCGAAACAUUCACUACCUGCUUUUUGGUGGCACCACUGGAGGGUCCGAUUCUGAAGCUGCGGCCCCCGGGCCAGGCAACUGAACCAAUCCAGUGCUGGAUAUGUGUCAUCUCCUUUCCCUUCCUGCUUUGCUGGCGACACCUCUCGACAACUCCAGCACUCUGCUCACCUAAUCCUUGUCACGCCUCCACAACUUCAUUGCAGCUGCCAAUGCACAGCCCAUGCCAGCCUGUCCAGAUGACUCGCAGAGGGCCGGAAUCAUCCGAAGGGACCCCUACCCGCCUGAUGACAACUACCGACUGCCACCUCCUGUCUCUCCACUCCCUUAGCUCCGUGUCGACGAAACGGACCUACGAGCCUAUAAUGGCACUCAAGAGGACUUGGACAGCUGAAGAAACGAAGAGGAUCAAGUCAGAACAAGAGAGGGAGGGGUUGAGGGAACUCAGGGCAUGGGGCACAACGCACACGACACACAAGCAUUAG